AUGAGUGAAAAACCAAUUGUCUUGAAACUAGGAAAGGACGCUUUCGGUGACAAGGCCUGGAAAGAAUUGGGGAAGAUUGCGGACGUAAUCACCAUCCCUGAGUAUACCACUAGAGAACAAUUUUUGCGGGAUGUCAAAGACCCUCAAAGUAAGCUCUCUCGAGUACAAGUCAUCACCAGAACGGCAAGAAGCGUUAAGAACACCGGCCAGUUUGAUGAAGAGUUAGCUCUUGCUUUGCCUUCCUCAGUAGUCGCUGUGUGUCAUACGGGCGCCGGGUACGACCAAAUUGAUGUUGAACCAUUCAAGAAAAGACACAUUCAGGUUGCUAAUGUUCCCGACUUGGUAAGCAAUGCUACCGCUGACACGCAUGUCUUUUUAUUACUGGGCGCUCUGAGAAAUUUUAGCAUUGGGAAUAGAAGGUUGAUCGAGGGAAAGUGGCCAGAUGCCGGACCUGCAUGUGCCUCUCCCUUUGGUUACGAUCCUGAAGGGAAAACCGUGGGUAUUUUAGGUUUAGGCAGGAUUGGCCGCUGUAUUUUGGAGAGGCUAAAGCCGUUCGGUUUUGAGCACUUCAUAUACCAUAAUAGACACCAGUUACCUUCCGAGGAAGAACACGGUUGUGAAUAUGUCAGCUUUGAAGAGUUUUUGAAGCGUUCAGAUAUCGUAUCUGUAAAUGUCCCAUUGAAUGACAACACGCACCAUCUAAUCAAUGCAGACACUAUUGAAAAAAUGAAAGAUGGUGUGGUAAUUGUUAACACAGCACGAGGUGCCGUCAUAGAUGAACAAGCCAUGACUGAUGCUUUACGUAGUGGAAAGAUCAGAAGUGCCGGUUUGGACGUUUUUGAAUUUGAGCCUAAAAUAUCCAAAGAGUUAUUGUCAAUGCCUCAAGUUCUGGGUUUGCCUCAUAUGGGUACACAUUGCGUGGAAACAAGGAAGAAGAUGGAAGAGUUAGUGGUUAACAAUGCAAGGAAUGUAAUAUUGACUGGAAAAGUUUUAACUAUUGUUCCUGAAAUGCAAAACGAAACUUGGCCUAAUGACGUCAAGCCAUUAAUUUGA